UCAGAAAUAUGGAACCUGGUUAUAUCAGUCUGGCAGAGCGUAUUUAAUCAGCCCUUCUGCUGCCAAUUGGACAGAUGCUUCAGCUGCGUGUUGCAAAAUCGGAUUAAAAUUGCUCAGCAUCGACUACAACUUUAAAUACGACAGCCUGAUAUCUCUCUUGCAAAAAGAUAAAAACAUCGCCGAUACGUAUUGGACAUCUGGCGCGAGGAUCGGUGAUAACAAAGUUUUCGGUUGGUGCUCGAGUGACAGGACAGUGAGAAAUGCGAAAUGGGCACCAGGCCUGCCAGGAAACGCAGACGACUGUGUGGUGGUUAACUUGAUGGACAACAAGGUCCAGAUUGCAGACAAGGACUGCAAAAAUACUUACAAGUAUAUUUGCGAGGCGAGAGAUACGAGGACAUCAACAUCACCUGGACGUGCGAUAUUAAUCGAAUGUGGCCUUCUAUACAAUAUAACUGAAGAUCAAGUCGAUUCGCUGUGGUCUUCUAGCGCAUUUGACUUGCGUCUAAAGUGCUUUGUCAAGUGUGUUGGCGAGUUCGGGAAUCUGAUAAUUGAUGGUCGGGUUGUGACGCAAGAAAUGAUUAAGUUGGCCCAAGAACUGUCUCUCGGCGCUGAUAUGAACACGUACACCCAAAACGUUGCUAUUGCCUCUGUUUGUGGAAAUCAAGUCGGCAUGGACGAGUGUGACACUGCGUCAUUAGCGUUCUCCUGCGUCCAGGAGCAGUCCCCGGAUAUUGUCCAGCGCGCCAUGCUGAACCAAGAAAAUAGCGGCUCAAUAGACUUUGCUGCGUUACCAUCAGCACAGUCUCUUUGUCGGGAUCUCUCAUCUGUGGCCUCUAAUUUGAACAUCGAGUGCAGGAAAGCCUAUGUGAAUCAAGAUCCAAAUCCAUGUGGGAGAAGAGCGUAUUACAACGUUUGCGGAGGUCGGAAUUACGUUUUGGUUGAUAACCCUUGGACGAAAGGUAUUGGGCCAGCCAACGCAGCGUGCAUGGAUUUGGGUCUGAAACUCGCUUCGUUUGAAACAUUUGAAGAGUUCAAAUGUGUCACUGACAUGUUUGCACUGCCAUCUAGAACAAUCUAUAUGUGGGUAUCUGGAUCUUUCUGGAAUAUGGCGACCAAGCCCGUAUGGUGUGGCUCAAACACCCCUUUAGACACUACAAAGUAUCCGUGGAAUCUUGAUGGCAAUGGGAAACCAGCUCUUACGGGACCGGGUAUUUUCGUUCAAGUAGUAAUCAAGUCAAGUGGUUCAUUUUUGAAGAAUAUUCCUAAUAAUAACCAAACUUGUGGCAGUCUCUGCGAAAAUUAAUCAUAUUAUAAUAGUUCUAUUUUGAUCGCAAAAAAAUAUUUGUUGUGCUGCAUAACCUGUAUAAAAUCACGCACAAUUAUAAUUCGUUGAAUAAACUGGUUUUCAUUGAAUAACGUACAGCUAUAAGUAAAAUAAUUUAAACCGUGAAAAAUACAAAACGAUUCUGAAUGCUAUUUUACGUGUGUCCGUACGUAGGACUUUAUUUAAAAUGGAAUGAUAAUGAAUCACUCAUAAAACAAACCACUCCCGAAUCUUGUCAAUCAACCGGGACCACCGAGAAAUGAAAGAAUUAUGAAAUUUGUAAAAAUUUUGAGGAUGAGGAUAGACAUGUAUUUACUCGAUUUGCAUGCCAUGGAUAUCACUAUUUGUUAUGUUCAAUUCAGAUGUAUAAUUAUUGUAGGAUAAUUGUAAAUUUAGAUUUUGUGGUGAACAGUGUGAAAAGUAUCAUAUUUUGAAAUGCUUAGCAAAGAGAAUUAAUUUAAGGAGAAGCAGCAAAGAGUUGUAAGAAUUGAUUGUAGGAUUAGUGUCGCACGCAUAUUAUGCGUUUAAUAAUAAAUUCAUUCAAAUUUGUAUAAAUAAAAAAUGAUACAACUUUCACUAAGUUAAAUAAAUAUAAAAUAUAUCAUACAAAUAUUUUGGGAAGUGCCACCUGCAUUGCAAAAGGGCACGGAUCUAUGUAGCUAACAGGUUUUCAUCGUGGAGAAACAGGAAAUCUGAAUAAAAUUGCAUAUUAAUACUAUAUUUUGCAGAAAUUUUAGCAUUCUUGGGUCUCAAAUGGCCAGUGGCAAGGUCACCGACUCUUGAUUUUUUAAUAGUUAAAAUUAAGCUAAAUAACUCCCAAUUUUAACUGCAAGGAAAUUUAUGGAAUGAAUACUAGGCCUGAAAAUUUUGCAAGAUAUUAAUAGGAAAUAAAUUUA